AUGAACCUUCUGUUGUACUUGUACAUGGUGCCAGUAGCUGUAGUGAUAUUGCACCUGCAAGAAAAGAUAUCAACAUUGUGUGGAGCAGUGGCUGUUGCGGUGUCGAUUUUGAUAUUCAAGAAUCCGGUGUCGGUAACAUGGAUGCUUGGAUACUUGCAGAUGGUGAAGAACAUGGUGUAUGCGGUAAACAGUUACAAUAUAGGGAAGAAGAGUAUUAUACUUGAGGUUAGUAGUGGACAAAGGAGUUGCAUUGGAAUCACUAAAUCCUCCAAAAGUGGCAGAAAAUCCGGAUUGGAAUCAGCAUCUUAUGUUCUCAGAAACCGGAAACAACAGAACAGCUAG